AUGGAGGAAUGCGAACAGAAUGUGGAAAAUGUGGAAAAUGUAGAAAAUCUAAGAUGGGGUCCUGAUAUGAUGGAUGGUGAAAUAAAUUUGUAUACUGUGUCUUCCGAUGGACAUGUAUUUAAUUGGAUUCUAAUGCAGAACACACUAACAAAUUCAAAUAUAAUAAGAAUGUUUUUUGCAAACGGUACAGUUCCUGGACCUGACGGUACUGAAAUGAAGUUAACGAGCGCUGGUCAUUGUAUGCGUUUUGAUCCAAGUAAUCCGGAAAUUUUUUUGGUUGGAACCGAUGAGGGACUAAUUUACAAAUGCUCCACUUCUAACAGCUCAAAAUAUUUAUUCACUUACAAAGCUCAUUAUAUGGCUGUUUAUCAAAUUGAUUUUAAUCGUUAUAAUUCCAAAAUAUUUAUAUCGUGUGGCGCUGAUUGGCGUAUCAAAAUUUGGGAAGAUAUGCGACAUGAACCACUAUUUAUAUAUGAUUUAGGCUCAUCUGUUGGUGAUGUCAAGUGGGCACCUUAUUCGAGUACCGUAUUCGCAGCUGUAACCACAAUGGGAAAAGUUUUCGUAUACGAUUUAAAUGUCAACAGAAACACACCAGCUUGUUCUCAACUUUUAGUACCAAAACGAAAAAAUAAGUUAACUACGUUGGUCUUCAAUGAAAAAUUGCCGUUUUUAAUAGUUGGGGAUGUUAAUGGCACAAUUAUUUCACUGAAAAUCUCCCCCAACCUACGUAUAAUGGUCAAGCCACCGAAAAAACAAUUGUACUUGACUCAGCAUUACUUACAGACGCAAAAACUGGAAAAACUUUUGACGACUGUACGUGAACUUGAAGGUUGUGCCGAAGCCGCUGCAGCUGCGCCUCCUAAACCUUAAUAUUUCGCGGAUUAAAAUUAUAAAUUAAAUUAAAAAUCUUAUUGUUACAAUAAAAGAUUUGAUCUAUAUUAUAUUGGAGGUCUUGACUUCUAUCGACUUU